CAGCAGAUGCAGAACGGUGACCCCUCUCUGAUUGCUGGAGCGGGCACAGGCCUGGGUGUGAUACAGCUGCCAUGAGUGGGCACCAGGUCUGGUCACUGCUAUAGACGGGGCACUGUGUGGCAGACACAGCUGUGAGACCUGGUCCAGACCCCCAUCUGACUCACUACAGCACCCAUCAUCCUUUCUAUUCCCAGAGGAAGCCCGAGAGAUUGUGCUGCAUGAGUCAAGUCCACUGAAGAUAUGACUGUCCCCACCCGGAAUAUUCCAAGUGUCUGGCGCGUUCCCGCAGCGCCCCCGAUCUCAUUCCUUAACCCUUACUCACUGCUGGCCGGCUUCCCUCCCCCACUGCUCCACUCUCCUGAUCUUACCGGCUGAGGAGACUCCACACUGGAUCACCAGCAACAGCUUAGAGAGCAAUUGCCCCAAAUUAAAACAGAAAUCUGGGUGGCAGCCAAUAUGACAACAGCGAAAGAUCGGGAGCCGCUUCCACCGGAAAGAUCGGGAGACGCUUCCACCUGGAAGAUCGGGAGCCGCUUCCAACGGGAAGAUGGGGAGACGCUUCCACCUGGAAGAUCGGGAGCCGCUUCCAUCGGGAAGAUCGGGAGCCGCUUCCAUCGGGAAGAUCGGGAGACGCUUCCACCUGGAAGAUCGGGAGCCGCUUCCACCGGAAAGAUCGGGAGACGCUUCCACCUGGAAGAUCGGGAGCCGCUUCCAACGGGAAGAUGGGGAGCCGCUUCCAUCGGGAAGAUCGGGAGCCGCUUCCAUCGGGAAGAUCGGGAGACGCUUCCACCUGGAAGAUCGGGAGCCGCUUCCACCGGGAAGAUCGGGAGCCGCUUCCAUCGCGAAGAUCGGGAGCCGCUUCCAACGGGAAGAUGGGGAGCCGCUUCCAUCGGGAAGAUCGGGAGCCGCUUCCACCUGGAAGAUCGGGAGCCGCUUCCAUCGCGAAGAUCAGGAGCCGCUUCCACCGGGAAGAUCGGGAGCCGCUUCCAUCGCGAACCGGACAACCCCUUUAAGAUUUCAAUCUUCGUCCCCCCCAAUGUUUCCAUCGCUCCUCAGCCCGUCUUGGCCGCACCUCUCAUGUCAUAACAUUGGGAUCUGUUUGUACUGCAGCGGCCGGUGCCAGCGGAUUACCGAGUGAUCUCUCGCCAGAAGACCCCAGACCCUCGACUCCCCUGCACCAACAUCCUAUGGAGAGCAGCUGCAAAGCGUCAGAUACACAGUGAUAGAUCCUGCAGAUUAUUACACCAAUGACCUCCCUAGAGAUCUGCAGAACAUUGUCCCCUCUACCUCCUGACAGCUGCGCAA